GUAACACAGCUAGCGUGCGGAUCUGGACCAGCUCAAAUUGUAUUUUUACUUAUUACACUUCUAUUUAAAUAUAUUUUCUACCUUACAAUUUAUCCACGUGUUUUCUCUGUUUACACACCGAAUAACCUCAACAGCACGUGUGUUGUAAAAUUUGUAGGCUAUGGUAAUACACAGAAAGUCGAAUUGAGUUCUCUUUUAGAAUCAGAAGGUUUGCAAAGUCAAAUAGCACAACAAAAGAAAGCUUUGGAAGAGAAAUUCAAUGAAGAGAACGAUGAGACUUGUGAGACUAAUUUUUCUACAAAUGUAAAUUCGAAAAAAUAUAAUGUAGAAAAAAUGGAUUGUGACUCUGAAGAAGCAAAUGCGUAUAAACAUCACUUCAUACCGGGACCAUCUUUCAAUUCGAUGACUGAUAUAAUGCCACCUGCACCUCCUUUACCACCACAAUUAAUGGCCAAAUUACCAGAUAAUGAUACAGACGCACUUUCAAGUAUGUUGAUGUCAUGGUAUAUUAGUGGUUACAUGGUAUAUUACACAGGUUAUUACCAUGGUUUGAAACAAGCAAGAAACAAUCAAGAGAACAGGAAGAACUGUUGAUUAUAUCAAUUUUUUCAAUAACAAUAUAACAAUAAUAUAAGAUAUAAUAAAAUAUAAAACUCAUUGUAUUUAUUUACUUCAAUUAUUUGAAAUAAAGAACAGCUUUAUUUUCAUAUAA